UUUAACGAUAUCUCCUAGCUGGAACUACUCAGAAAACCUUCCGCUAACGGAAUUUCAAGCUAUGAGAUCUAUGAGAAACCUAGCGUUGACAGCAGUUGUAUUUAUAUUAAUAUUUAUAGAAUUCACGACCUCUUCAAUGAGGAUUUGGGCAGAUUCGGACUACUUUAUGAUGAGUAAUGAUCAACUUUAUCAACAGACAACAGACGAUCUUGGGAAGUGGCAUACUUCAAGGGCCGACAAAAAUCGUCUUCGACUUCUAUCUAACGACAAAAUCUUUGAUUUGCCGGACAAAUAUAAAACUUGUGUUUUGAAAUCAAGUAGUUCUUCAAAGCAACGUGAUCAACAUGACAAGAAUUGGUUCAAAGACGUUCACCAGGAAGCAGGCAUACAUCACAUUCAUCGUCGUAGUAUGGCUGUUCGACCACAYUGCUUGUUUGACUUUAUAAUUCCUCACCAUAAUUCAAACAAAACAACUCGGCUACGUGGAGAAUUCUGCGUUCCUGAGCAUUUGACUGGAGGAGCAGCGGUCGGUGAUUACGACAAUGAUGGUUUGCAAGAUAUAUUCUUUACCGUGUUUAGUAAAACAAGCGUUCUUUACAGAAACAAUGGUAACGGUACAUUUACCGAUGUUACGGACGAAGUUGGCCUAGGUCCKCCUCGGUACGCAAGCGGUGCAGGCUGGGUAGAUGUUGAUCAAGACGGAGAUCUGGAUCUUUACGUAACAACYGUCGGUGACACAAGACAUUAUUUAUACAUUAACUAUGGGGGAUAUUUCAAAGAAGAAGCAGAAAAAAGAAAUWGUUCUUUGCAAUUUCAAAACAAACGAAAACUUGCGGGUAUGACGCCCAAUUUCGGGGACUUUGAUCAAGAUGGAUUUCUAGAUAUUUAUGUCACUGAAUGGAUUCUACACUCAUUAGGAAAGCCUUCUGCUUCUCGACUUUUAAGAAAUAAGGGUUACAAAAAUCCAGGAUACUUUGAAGAUGUCACUGACUCCAUGGACGUCAAUAUGGACGUUUACAGAAGUGGAAACAAACUUAACAGUGGAACACAUACAUUUGGCGCAUCUUUUACGGAUUUUGAUGAUGACGGUUGGCCGGAGUUACUGGUGACMGCAGACUACGGAGACAGUAAAAUGUUUUGGAACAACAAUGGCAAAACGUUUACCGAAUGCACUAAGAAAUGCGGAUUGAAGGGAGAACAGGAUGCCAUGGGUCAUGCAAUAGGAGACUGGGACAACAAUGGUCGUCUUGACUGGUUCUCUACUGCUAUCUUUCAUAACCAUACAGACUGUGCGAUCACGGGUUGUGUUUUUGGCCGUGGUGGAAAUAGGUUGUAUYUGAAUCAAGGCAGUAAAAUGUUCUUGGACGCUACUGAUAAGGCUGGAGUCCGUAAUGGAGGUUGGGGUUGGGGUGCUGCUUUCAUUGACUUCAAUAAUGAUGCCUAUCUUGAUUUGGUUUUGACAAACGGGAUAGACUUUCCAUCAACAACGACCGAUGACCAUUUUAUGAARCAACAGAUGAUAUUGUGGCAAAAUAUGGGGCCUGGGUAUAAUGGGACGACGAAAGAGGUUUCAAAUGCCGUUGGUAUGAAUGCUACUGGUCAAGGUAGAGGUUUGCUGAAACUUGAUUAUGAUGAUGAUGGAGACGAGGAUAUUGUUGUUUGCAAUAACCUUGGUCCUCCUCAGUUGUACAGAAACAUGGGAGGCAACAGCAAUMAUUGGAUUAAAGUCCAAGUAGUCCAUGGUAAGAAAAAGGUCGUGAACGUUCUAAAGCAAAACAUCUCUUGGUCUGACCUACCUUUAUGUCCAUAUCUUGAGAUACUUUCUAUAGAGCAACAGGCAGCCUACUCUACAUUCAGUGUAAACAAAGAUGGCCAGACAGUUUCUUUCAAACCGAGYAAAGACAUUUACAACAGGAAAAUGUCUACUGAAAGUUUUGUUUAUCGUGUGGGUCUUGUGAAUGGUGAAAAUAUUAUGCUAAAUGCAACAGCACGAGUGUCGAUUAGCUUYAACAAUACUUCGGGAGGAUCGGUGGAUUAUCAAGAGUGCAAAAAUGGAUCACAUAGAAGUYGGAUAACACCCAGCUUCACUACUGAAAGGCGACUCGAYGGYGUUCACAAUAAUAAGRACCAUGCUAAAUGGGGAGCUGYAAUGGAAGAUCUAUCACGUGAUUUCCAGGCGGCCUAUGAAGACAAAUUCGAUGUUCCCCCAGGAACAUGCACAGUGCAAGAAAGAAUAUCGAACAUCUGUCGGUACCCUGAUGAAAUGAAUGGUUAUGGAUCGAAUCGACCAUCGCCGAGAAAUGUCAGCAACGUUCUUUUUCAUCAGAUAGAACCAAUCAUUAGUUCAAGGAAACUUAGUGACAUGCAUGCGCACUUUGGACAAGUAAGAUGCACUGGAAGAAGCCAUAAUCUACAGCGUCAACAAAUCAAUAAAAUAACGUCAUAUAUUGAUGGUUCUGUUGUGUAUGGUGAAAGUAAAAGCAGGAGUKAUAAAUUGAGAACCAUGAAAGAAGGAAAAAUGAAACUUUCUAGAGAUGGCAUCAUUCCGUACAACGAUAUGGGCAUUGCCAAUGACAAUGUAGUAGGCCGUACUCCAUCAAGACUUCUUGUKGCUGGAGACACCCGUUCAAACGUGCAGCCAGGACUUAUAGCACUYCAUUCUUUAUUUGUCAGAGAGCACAAUAGGUUAUGUGAUGAGUACUUAAAGAAAAAACCUAAGGGGAACGACGAAGAAGUGUUCCAAUAUGCUCGAAAAAUAGUCAUCGCUGAACUUCAAGCUAUUACAUUUCGUGAAUAUCUUCCAGCUCUACUCGGGAAGCCUCUACCAAAAUAUAAAGGAUACAACAAAGAUAUAAAUGUAGACGUAGCUAACACAAUGGCCACAGCUGCUUUUAGGUUUGGYCACAGUCAAGUGGGAAGCCAUAUAUGGAGAUUGAAUGAGAAUGGUACAGUCAGUGAGUACGGUCAUAUUCCAGUCCGCGAUUCRUAUUUUGCACCAGAGCGCGUCACACAGGAAGGCGGAAUUGAACCAAUCUUACGGGGUGCUGUGCACCUUCCUUCUCAAGAAAUAGAUUUAAAGAUGAUAGACGAUUUGCGCAACGUCCUGUUUCCCGUGGCGAGAAUGCAUGGCCUGGAUCUAGCUGCUAUGAAUAUUCAGCGAGGAAGAGAUCACGGGCUCCCUGACUACAAUACUGUACGCAAAACUAUAGGYCUUCCAGGACUACGCGAUUUCUCCGACCUUGUUAAGGACAAGCGCGUUUCCCGGGAUCUCCAAGCUCUAUAUGGCAAUGUGAACAACAUCGAUCUGUGGGUUGGAGGCCUAGCCGAGCAACAUGAAGAUGGAAGUGAACUUGGACCAACAUUCAAAACGAUCGUAAAGACAAACUUCUUGAGAAUUCGAGAUGGUGACAGAUUUUGGUAUGAAAGUUUCCUGUCUUCAGAGGAAAUCGAACUAGUUAACAGCCUCACGUUGGGGAAAAUCAUCAAACUGAACACCAAGUACAAGACAGCACCAGAYAAUGUUUUCUUUUCAAAGCUUCAUUGUGCAAAGGUGGUCAACUAYCAAUGCAAACCUCAUGCCAAGCAAACACAGAAGAACUCAGCCUACGAAACAAACAGAUCGACUGGAAAUGAAUUUAAAGCCGUUAUAUAUGGUUGUGCUGUGGUUUCUGUGUUAAGCUUAAUCAUUGCUGUGACAUUUAUUGUUUUAUGGAAAAGAGAGCAUACGAAACGAUACAAGAACAAGGACAAAGAAAUACAAAUGGAUUGUAUUAUCCAUGAAAAUAGCAAUACAGGACCAAAACAUAGUUGACAAACCACAUGCGAUUCGAAGAUCAUUCCUAAAAGUGUCUAUUGCAUGAUGGUGCUUUAAAGUCUAAACCUAAUACCUUUCUUACGCUUGCAUUGCUUUCUUUAGUGUCUAGGUGAUUAUCAUACUUUAAUCCUAUAUUUAAUAGACCUAUUUCAAAAAAAAAAAAAAAACGUUGUCGGGGAGAACGGCGAACGGGGAAUGUGGCAGGGAGAAUGCACGACCGAAAUGGACUAUGGUUACAC